GACAAUGUUGAGAACACUUCUAUGUCUUUUACCAAGGCAUACAGGGUACCAAGCUUUGGAACCAGGGGAAAAUUGGAAUCGUCGGCAAAUUGUAAAAGUUUUGUUUCAAGACCAUAUGUUGUUAAACCCUGAAUUUCAAUAUUACUCCUAAUUUUCAUAGCUAGUAACUCCACACCUAAGACAAAUAAGUAAGGCGAAAUGGGACAUCCUUGUCGGACUCCACGGUUAAGGGCAAACGACUCGGAAAUAUAACCAUUAUUGAUGAUUUUGCUAAAAGUGUCUUUAUACAGAACUUUUAUCCAUGUAAUAAAUGAAUCACCAAAAACAUUGUUAUUCAUGGUUCUCUUCUAUCCACGCAGAUCGGACCAAAGAACAUCGGACCUGUCAAUCUGAAGGUUGCCGUGGAAACCAUCAAGCACGAGCGGAACUUACGUAUGCAGGGUCUGAACCAGUGCCGGAAACGGUUCGGCAUCCCGCCCUACAAAACCUUCCUGGAACUUACAGGUGGUGACGCCGAGAUGGCGGAUCAGCUGGAGGAGGCGUACGGCGACGUUGACGCAGUGGAGCUGUACGUGGGGCUGAUGGUGGAGCAGCCUGCUCCCGGCAGCGUCACCAGCGAGACCAUCAUCGAGAUGGGCGGGCCGUUCUCCGUGAAGGGGCUGCUGUCCAACCCGCUGUGUAGCCCGCAGUGGUGGAAGCCGAGCACGUUCGGCGGGGAGGCCGGGUUCCGCAUGGUGAAGACGGCCACGCUGAAGAACCUGUUCUGCCGCAACACGGCCGGGCCGUGCGGGCUGGUCUCCUUCGCCGUGCCGGAAGACGUGCAGCCGACGGGACUGCCUGAGGAGCAAGACGCCGCGUCUCAAGACAAGGGGGCGUCUCAGAACGACGCCGACUUGGUACCUGUGAACGGCGUCCUGUCAAGCCAAGACAAACACCUGCACAAGGAGGAAAAAUUGUCUCAAGACGGUUCCCAAGACGCGGAGACAUCCGGCCAAGUAACCGCCAACGAGAAACCGGCAGCAAAAAACGAGGAGCUCCCAAAAAACGGCGUUGCGCAAAAGAAAGAAUUCCAGACUGGCUCUCCAAAAAACGGCGGGGCGUUAAAAAACGACGUGUCAAAAAACGAGCCUGCGCCAAAAAACGGUUUACCGACGGCGUUUCCAAAAAACGGGGCAGCGCCCAGGACUUACGUCAACCGGACGAGUUGUAAACAAUGCGACAGAAUAGAGUUAUGACCACGACUGUCGCUUAGGCAGAAAUAAUCUUAAUUAUUCCCGCACCAAUGAAUUUUCUAUCCCAAUUCUCAGGCGUUAGGGACCAUCGGAAAUGUGUGUUUUCAUGGUCAUUGUUAAGAGAUAUUCAUUGUUCCUAAAUUAUUGAAUAGCCAUUAUCAUGUGUGUUACGAUUGUGCAUAAAAUCUAUUUAUUUCUUUAGGGCUUGAUGCCCUUAUAUUGACCAGUUAUAUAAACGAUGUGUAGUCAGACGGAACUGUGCAGAAGUUAGGAUAGAUCGAAACGGAAGAUUCUGGUCUCAGGCCGGAGUUUUAGAACAGAUAGUAAGAGACCUUAUGAUUAGGUGACCGCACAAGCUGGGUUGUAGGGACAUCAGUGCAUGUAUUGUGUUUAAAGAUUUCCCACAAACUCAAUACCUUUGAGGACGGUUUUCUUUAAAUCAAGAAGUACUGUGAUUGUGUUCUAGCACUUCGUAAAAACACAACAAAGUGAUAAACCGUUACUAAGAAUGUAUAUUUUAGUGGGAAAGUUUUGCACGAAAUUCAGACUCUACAGUUGCUGUUAUCCCUAUAAUUUAUCUUGCGUAGCCUGCUGUUUAACAGCGCGACUUUUUUGUCUUCAAGACGGAGAAAAAGAAACUAAUUCUUACAAGACGUUUCCAGUGUUGUACAUACUUCAUAUUCAAAGGAGUGUACAUAUUGUUAUGAAAGCUUUAAGAGAUGAGAUAUUAAUAUGAAAUAUGCCAUAUUUAUUUAACGAGUCUACAGAGUUAGCAGAUGAUAGAUGAAAUAUAAGGAG